CUCAGGAAGAAGGUAGACCUUAUUGGUCUUUCGAGUAUUUUCCCCCAAAAACACAACAGGGUGUUCAAAAUCUUUACGAUCGUAUGGAGCGAAUGUAUCGCUUUGGCCCGGAAUUCAUUGACAUUACGUGGAAUGCUGGUGGAACUUCUUCACGGUUGACAAGCGAAAUCGUAUCUACUGCUCAAUCAGUAUAUGGCUUAGAAACCGUUAUGCACCUUACUUGUACAAACAUGCCCAAAGAAAAGAUUGAUAAAGCCCUUAAAGAUGCUAAAGAAUGUGGUUGUCAAAAUAUUCUUGCUCUUCGUGGUGAUCCACCCCGAGGUCAAAUUCAAUGGGAAGCUUGUGAAAAUGGUUUUUCUUAUGCUAUUGACCUUGUCCGUUAUAUCCGUUCUCAAUAUGGUGACUAUUUUGGAAUAUGUGUGGCUGGUUAUUGUGAAGGUCAUAUAGAUAAUCCUGACAAAGAUGAUGAUCUACGACGUCUCAAAGAAAAAGUUGAUGCUGGUGCCGAUUUUAUUAUAACACAAGUAUUUUAUGACGUGGAUUUAUUUUUAAAUUGGGUUAAAAAAUGCCGUGCAAUAGGUAUUACAUGCCCCAUCAUUCCUGGACUUUUGCCAAUUCAAAAUUAUAAUGGAUUCAACAGAAUUAUAAGUCUAUCGAAGACUAUUGUUCCUCAAUUUGUUAUUGAAGAAUUAGAACCUAUUAAACAUGAUGAUGCUGCUGUAAAAGAGUAUGGAAUAAAGUUAGCCGUUGACAUGAUUAAGAAGAUGUAUGAAAAUGGAAUAAAUGGUUUCCAUUUCUACACUAUGAAUUUGGAAAGGUCUACACGGUUAAUUUUAGAAGCCUUACAGUUUGUAGCACCUGUAGAAAAAGUAAAACCAUUGCCUUGGUGCCCGUCUCUUUCAGCUAAACGUAAAAUGGAAAAUGUACGUCCCAUAUUUUGGAGAAAUCGUAUUAAAAGUUAUGUUACUCGUACGGAAGCAUGGGACGAAUUCCCUAAUGGCAGAUGGGGCGAUUCGAAAUCGCCGGCUUUCGGCGAACUCGAUGGAUAUGGUGUAUCUCUCAAACAAUCGAAACAAAAUGCUGUUGAAUUAUGGGGAUAUCCUAGUUCACUUAAUGAUAUUUACAACAUAUUUGUGCAAUAUUGUCAUGGUGAUCUGGUUUCCUUGCCUUGGUCCGACCAAUCUCUUGCCCGUGAAACUGAUAUAAUUAAGGACCAAUUAGCCUAUAUCAAUUCAUUGGGAUAUUUGUCUAUUAAUUCACAACCUGCUGUAAACGGAGCUCGCAGUGAUCAUCCAGUUUUCGGUUGGGGUCCUAAAAAUGGUUUUGUAUAUCAAAAGACAUGCUCAAAAAUUAGUGUAUUUCAUCGAUCUGCCUCCACUAUCUCUGAGGCGAAUCCCGGUUCAAAAAUACGAAAAAUGCCAUUAUUAUCAUGGAAAUCAUUAUGUACAAUGUUAAUCAGAUACCAAUUUUCAGCAAUUUCAGUAAUUAAUUUGGCAGAAACAGAAUCUG